GAAUUUCUAUUCCAGCCAAUGGGACGGGAGGAAGUCCCGACCACGUAAUUGAGUUCGGCGUUCGAGUUCACGCGGGCUGGAUUAAAAAAAUUGUGUAUAGCGAUUAGGAAAGAUGGCGAAAGCGAUAUAUUUGGAGCAUUAUCUUGACAGUAUUGAAAGCCUGCCGUGUGAACUGCAGAGGAGCUUCACCCUUAUGCGUGAGCUGGACACCAGGACUGAAGAGAAGAAGGGGGAGAUCGACAAGUUGGCAGUGGAGUACAUCGCAAAUGUGAAGACGCUGGCCUCCGAGCAGAGGGUGGAGCACCUACGGAAGAUUGAGAGCGCCUACGACAAGUGCAGGGAGUACAGCGACGACAAGGUGCAGCUGGCCAUGCAGACGUACGAGAUGGUGGACAAGCACAUCCGCAGGCUGGAUGCUGACCUCGCCCGCUUCGAGAACGAGCUGAAGGAGAAGCUGGACACGAGCGGUUACGAGAGUCCAGAUGGGAAGGAUUUAAAGAAAACGAAGAACCCAAAGGAAAAGCGGAGCUCGAGGACAAGGGGGAAGAAGGGGUCAGACGAAGAUUCGCCGAGGAAGAAGAAGAUGAAGAAUGGUCCUGACUUCAGUAACUCCCUGCUGGCUGUCCACCCGUCCGAUGUUCUGGACAUGCCCGUGGACCCCAACGAGCCGACAUACUGCCUGUGUCACCAGGUGUCGUACGGCGAGAUGAUCGGCUGCGACAACCCUGACUGUCCAAUCGAGUGGUUUCACUUCGCUUGCGUGGACCUCACAACAAAGCCCAAAGGCAAAUGGUAUUGUCCACGCUGCACCCAAGACCGGAAGAAGAAAUAAGUUUGCACUGUUGUGUAGUUUUAAGUAUUUUCAUAUAUAAAAUGCUUCCUUGUUUAUGCAGUACAGGUACAUAUGUAUGUUUUGUCAGUAUGGGCUAUAGUGUCACAAUCAGCCAAUACUUUUCCUGUAUUGGAGGAUACAUGAAUAAUUUUUGGCAAGCAGUCGUCGUAUUAGCUGAGCUAUAAACAAAGUACUGGUAUACUAGGUAGUCGCCGUGAAGCAGUUCUCAAUAUGGGCAUAUAGAGAAGAGAAAUAUUUCAGCUGAACGAACUACCUCACUGGAUGAAAUGCUCUUGGUUCUGAACCAAAAAAAAAUGGGCAGGGGGUGGGAGGGGUUUGAGUCGCGGGCCGGUCCUGUGCUGUAGGAGGUAGACGCUGAUCUUGCCAAGUGAGUAAGAGAAUAGCAACGUGAGCUCAUUAAUCAGCAAUAUGAACAUGUGAUUUGUGGGUGUUACUGAAUUGAGGCCAAAGUUCUGCUGAACACUAAAGACGGGAUAAAAAUGCAGGUAAUAAAGCGUGUGAGGUGGAUAGUGAGGAGCAGGCAUGUGGGUUGGUGCCUCCUUGGUUCUGCUUGUCCCAUUGCUUGUAUGCAGUUUGUUUACGCUCAUUCAUUGCUGGAGUCGGCUUCAGGUGUGGCGUCCAAAGUUUCUGUUUGCUGGGCCGUGAAUGUUCUUGCAGUAAAGGGAUCUUUCUUCAGUUACCUUUGUCUGCCGUUGGUAAGAGCUGUCAAGCAGCUUGUGUGGGUUGUGCAAAAGGAAAUCCUGCUUCAGGUUUUAGUGCCGGUGUGCUGUGCGCUCCUCGAACCUGCCCAUGAUCCUCAAAAUGGUUCCACAACAUUUAUGGUUGUUGAUUCUCCUAUGAAAAAUGAAUGAAUUGCACAAUUUGAAAAAUAUACAUACCUGUGUAGAGUCUUCUACGAUUUUUAACACCAAAAAUGCAUGGGCUUCAUUUUUGUGGGAGGAGCCUAAUUUUAAAAAAAGCCCAUUCCACAUAGUUUGCUGUGUAUUUUAAACCCUCGAUUAACAAGUUGACUGUAUAUAACUAGCUUUGUCAUAUGGCUGUGUCGCUUGGCCUGGUCCACUGGCAGACUUUCUAUUGACGAAGCUGAAAGGUAUUUGCUAGCUUAUAAGCAGAGAUUUUUAAUUUUGAAUUAUUGCAAUAAGGCUUCUUAUAACUUGCAUGCAAAAGUAUAGGUAAUUUCUUUUAGGAUUAGAAGCUUGAAAAGUUGAAUGUCAUAAAUCCAUCUAUUUUCUAGCCACUAAUCUUGUUCAGGGUCUUUGGAUGUCAUAAAUAUUGUGGUAGUUCUGUAUAUUCUGGUUUAUUAUUGUAAUAUUCACACUUUCAUCAGUGCCACUAAAUCCUUUUGUCAGCUGGAGCAGAAAAGCACUAUAUGAAUAUGUAUUGGAGAACAACUUCUUGCUUCAGGCUUGCUGCUUUUUCUCAAAUGCUUUUCCAAAGAGAACGCAUUAUUUUCUUUUGUAAAGAAACAAAGCAUUGGAUAACUGAUGUAUAUAAACUUUUGUUGUAUAUCUGUAUUUUUGGCCAUGCUAUAUUCUUAUAAAUAAAGGAUAUCUUGGAAAAGA